AUGUCUAAUGUUUUUUCGUCUGGGGAAUUAAUCGGACUAUUGCGAGCGGAACGAGCAAGGCGAGCUUUGGAUGAAUCAAUCUAUUAUCGGGCAAUCUUAUUGGGAAUAACAAGGGCUUCCCUGAAUACCCAAAGUUUCAUAUCUGAAGCAAGUUUUCAAGAAACUACUCGAGUUUUAGCAAAAACUGCCCUACGAGAUCGCAUUGAUUGA